CUCAAGGGCCCAGCAGUGGCAGGUUAGCAGUGCUGGGACUCAAACUAAUGACCUCCCAAUCCGCAGGUUCACAUCUUUAACCACUGAGACACUACUACCUCAACUGAUACCAGUGAAGUGGAAUAACUGGCAGUGUUCUUGUUUGGACCAAUACAGAGCCACCGAGCCUGGGAACUUUAUAGAGAGCAAAGCAAGGAUUUGAAGUAUUUCAAGAAUUCUCUCAAGUCCCUUUCCCUCGUGAGAAUCUAAGCCUUGUUUUAUUUCAGCAAUAUUCUAAAGACAGGGACAACAUGCAAUUACAGACCUAUGGGGACUCUGUCUGUUGGGGGGGGGGGAUGUUUAGAUAUGUUUAAAUCCGCUGUUUUACCCGUCAGUGCCCCGCCAUGGACCCGCCUCUGCGAGAGAAGAGAAAAGGAAAGUAGCAAUGACAAAAAAAAACUGUAAACGAUAGAAGAAGACGAAGAAAAGAAGGGAAAGAGAAAGAAAAAGCAGCACUCCCUCGUCUGUUCGCUUUUCUCACUCACUUCCUCACCUCCCCCUGUCUGUCUUGCUCUCUCCCUCGCUCUCUCUCUCCUUCCCUGUCCUUCACUCACUCUGUCUCUCCGUCGUUCACUUCACCAAGAAGAAGAGAAAAAAAAAACCAUGAAGGAAAAGGAAGGACACUUCUCCGGACGCGUCGGAGUCGAGUGAAAGUUUUUGUCGAAGGAUAGAGGAAGCAGGGGGACGUGGACGGGAAGGAAAGACUCAAUUCAAGUGCGAUACGCGAAUCGAGCGAGCAUAUGGAGUCAUAAACUGUAACCGACUGGAACACAUUGUAACGAGCUCGCGUGCUCGUUCAUGUGUGACUCAGAGCUGAGCGACUUUUACACACUCGCUCCUCUUUCUUCUUCUUUUCUCCCGUCAAGUUCGCGCGGUCAUCACUGGAGUCGGAAACUCAGGUCAGGUUCCCUCCCAGAAGUGUGUGUGUGUGCGCGCAGGGGGAAGAGUGUGACAGUAGUGUGGAUCUGAGCGAGACGAGGACAGGCUGUUACAGCAGCCAUGGCCGGGGCGAAACCGGGAGUGCACGCGCUCCAGCUCAAACCGGUCUCCGUGCACGAAAUCCUCAAAGCGGGAAGCAAGUUUAUCAAAUGGGACGAGGACCCCAACAGCGGCCAGCCCACUCUGGUCACCCUGAAAGUUGACCCUGAGGGAUUCUUCCUCUACUGGUUCAGUGGAUCAAACGUGGAGACCGAGAUUGUGGACAUCAGCCAUAUCAGAGACACCAGAACGGGGAAGUUUGCCAAGAUACCAAAGGAUUCACGUGUGCGUGAAGUGCUGGGCUUUGGAAAACCAGAGGGCAAUGCGGAGGCUAAGCUAGUAACAGUCGUCUACGGCAACGACCUGGUUAACCUCUCCUUCCUUAACUUCCAGGCCAUGGAAGUGGACGUUGCCAAGGUGUGGACUGAAGAGCUGUUUAAACUUGCCACAAACAUACUGUCCCACAAUGCCUCACGCAACACCUUCUUACUCAAGGCAUACACCAAGCUAACACUGCAGGUCACCCAGGAUGGGAAAAUCCCACUAAAGAAUAUUCUGAAGCUGUUUUCUGACAAGAAGCGAGUGGAAUCAGCGCUGGAGCAGUUCAACCCAAUGGCUAACAGGGCAGACGGGAUCAAGCUGGAGGAGUUCACCUGGGAAAAGUUCCAGAGCUUCGUGAACAACCUGUCUGUGAGGCCCGAGAUCGACCGCAUCUUCGUGCAGCUUGGCUCUAAAGGGAAGCCCUUUCUAUCCCUGGAUCAGAUGUUGGACUUCAUCAACCGUAAGCAAAGGGAUUCGCGGCUGAACGAGGUGCUUUACCCACCGCUCAAGCGAGAGCAGGUACGACAGCUCAUGGAAAAAUACGAGGCUAACGCCCGCCAGCUGGAAAGAGACCAGAUCUCUCUAAUGAGUUUCAGUAAAUAUCUGGGAGGAGAGGAAAACGCAGUGGUUCCCUCCGAGAGGUUCGACAUCAUGGACGAUAUGACCCAGCCGCUGUCUCAUUAUUUUAUCAACUCUUCGCACAACACCUACCUCACAGUGGGUCAGUUAACAGGUCUGUCCUCAGUGGAGAUGUACAGACAGGUUUUGCUCACCGGGUGCCGUUGUAUCGAGCUGGACUGCUGGAAAGGUCGUCCACCUGAUGAGGAGCCCAUUAUUACACACGGCUUCACCAUGACAACCGAAAUUCCCUUCAAGGAGGUGAUUGAAGCCAUUGCUGAGAGUGCCUUUAAGACCUCUCCUUACCCCCUCAUCCUGUCCUUCGAGAAUCAUGUCGACUCCGCACGGCAGCAGGCUAAGAUGGCGGAAUACUGUCGUUCCAUAUUCGGUGACGCGUUGCUCAUCGAUCCUUUAGAGAAAUACCCGCUGGUCCCAGGUCAGCCGCUGCCCAGUCCUCAGGAGCUGUUGGGGAAAAUCCUGAUAAAGAACAAGAAGAAGCAUCACUACCGCACAGCUAACGGAGGCAGUGUCAGACGCAAGGAGGGAGCAGACGAGCAGGGCUCAUCUCUUAACGAUGCGCCAUUGCCUGAAGGGGAGACAAGCCAGAUCAUGUCCAAUGGGGGCGAGAAGCUUGCAGAGAGGAUGAGCAAAGACAUUGACAUGCGGAAGUCCAUUGAUCGGGGCGAUGGAGAUAGUGAUGACGAGGAGGAGGAAGAGCCAGUGGCAGACCCCAAAAAGCACCAUUCAGAUGAGGGAACAGCAUACAGUGAAGUCAAUGCUACAGAAGAGAUGUCCACACUGGUCAACUACAUCGAACCAGUCAAAUUCAAAUCCUUCGAAGCAGCAACCAAAAGGAACAAGUAUUUUGAAAUGUCAUCCUUUGUGGAGACCAAAGGCAUGGACACACUGAAGAAUUCCCCCAUUGAAUUUGUGGAAUACAAUAAGAAGCAGUUGAGUCGGAUCUAUCCCAAAGGCACGCGCGUGGACUCCAGUAACUACAUGCCUCAGCUUUUCUGGAAUGUUGGCUGCCAGAUGGUGGCGCUAAACUUCCAGACUCUCGAUCUGCCUAUGCAGCUAAACAUGGGUGUGUUUGAGUAUAACGGCCGCAGUGGCUACCUGCUCAAGCCUGAGUUCAUGAGGCGCGCAGACAAACACUUUGACCCCUUCACUGAGAACAUAGUGGAUGGCAUCGUGGCUAACACUGUCAAGAUCAAGAUUAUGUCCGGUCAGUUUCUGACUGAUAAGAAGGUGGGUGUGUAUGUUGAGGUGGACAUGUUUGGACUGCCUACUGACACCAAGAGGAAGUACCGCACCAAAACCUCUAAUAACAACUCGAUGGACCCAGUCUGGGAGGAAGAGCCUUUCGUCUUUAUUAAGGUGGUGUUGCCCACACUAGCAUCACUAAGAGUAGCUGUCUUUGAAGAGAAUGGGAAGUUCGUAGGCCAUCGAAUCUUACCAGUGGUGGCUUUACGUUCAGGAUACCAUUACAUUAAUCUGAAGAAUGAGCUCAAUCAGCCACUCCUGCUAGCCUCUCUCUUUGUAUACACUGAAGUUCAGGACUACAUUCCCAAUGAGCACCAAGAGUAUGCCGAGGCUCUGACCAAUCCAAUCAAGCAUGUGCUGGAUCAGAGAGAGAGGCAGCUGGCUGUUCUCAUUGAGGACAACAACGAGGUCAAUAAGCGAGUCCACGUAAAGCCAGAUGAAGGAGAGAAACCGGAUUUCAGCAUUCCACCUAAUGUUGAGUGCACGUUCAUUUUGCCUCCAGCGCCCCUCCCACCUGCGGUGGCUGAAGUAUUGACUGCUCCAGCCCAGAAAGAAGACCUGGUCCUCAAUAUAUUAACAGUGGUAGAGCCUCAGUCCAUUGAAGAGCUGAAGCAGCACAAGUCCUAUGUGAAGUUGUUGAAGAAACAGUGCAAAGAACUGAAGGAGCUCCGCAAGAAGCACCUCAAAAAGGUGUGGGCCCUCAGUAAGGAGCAGAAGAUGAGAUGCAACCAGCUGAACUUGGACAUACAGAGACGCAAGAGUCAAGUGGAGAAAAAGCUGCGGCUCAGCGUGAAGAAAAAUGAGCCUGAGGAGUCUGUGAGGACUGAGCUGAGUGCUCUGGAGGUGGAGCUGGAAAAGCAGACCGUGCAACUGAGAGAGUGGCAGAUGCAGGAGCUACUUGAACUGCGAAAGAAACAACACCAGCUGGAAAGAGAAAAGAAAUAUGCUCAUCUCGAAGAGUCGUUCAAGAAACUAAAAGUAGUCGCUGAGGAUUGCCAGAUAAACCAGAUCAAGAAACUCAAGGACAUAUGUGACAAAGAGAAGAAGGAGUUGCAGAAGAUUUUAGACAGAAAAAGGCAGAACAGCAUUAUUGAAGCCAAGAAGGGGGAUAAAGACAAGGCUGAGUCGGAAGUGAACGAGAUAAAUAAAAAGCAUAUCCAGGACUCCGUGAAUUCACUGCGCAAGUUGGAUGAAACUCAGGAGAAACGGCAGGAGAAGCUGAAGAACCAGCAGAGAGAGCUCUUACAGAAAAUAGACGAGGAGCAACCGCUGCACCGGCUACGACUGGAGCGCGACUGCGACGCCGAGCUCGAGCGCUUACCUGAGGAGAUCUGCCGCUACCUGCAGGGCGAGCUAGAGAGCAAAGGCCUGCGCAGCGAUGCCCUGUUGGGCCAACUAUCCAACCACAACAGUGCUGGCUCGGGCCCACCCUCCAACUGCAGCACACCCCCUUUCAACUCACCCUAUCACAACUCAAGCCUGGAUAACAGCACAGCCUCGCUGGGCGACUCCUCAUCCUCCAGCACCAUCACGUCUGAAUCGGAGCUCACGGCCAUCUAACUCCUACUUUAUCACUCCUGUCUCAUCAUGCCAUUUUUCUCACUGGAUUACGGUGAUAGAAGUAGUAUUACUGAAAGGUGUUUAAAUGUUUUUAAAGGAUUUCAGUAAUGUUUUAUUUUUCACAUACCCCCUUUGUAGUCCGCAUCUUUUUUUUUAUUGUUUUUUUUUCUUAUUUUUCUUUUAACCAAAGUUCUUUUGGAUUGUUCUCUUGCUUUAACCAUAAAAUAUGUUUAAGCAUAUAAGCAAACCAUGUCUGUGUUAAGCACUUGUGGAAUGGAGGGAAAGUUGUUUGUUUUGUUUUUAAACAAGAGAGACUCUUAUUUAUUUCUGUGGUAUGAUAUGAUGGAGAUGGGAGCGUUCACUGUAGUGCUCCGCAUUGUCCAGCAGGUGGCAGUGUGGCUUUAGUGGUGGCGUGAGUUUAGUGACUGGGAGCUACGACGCAGGGCGUAAUCUGAAUGGUACUUGUUUACAUAAUAAUGCACAGAUGGGCAAUCCUAUAAGCCAGGCCAUCAUCUCUCCUCCCUACGGGACUAUAAAGUUAAUUCCCACUGCAUAUUUCUGCAGCGUCCGAAACACAUCACCGUAAUUGAUAUUUUGUGUGUGUGUGUGUGUGUGUUUGGUGGGCCUCGGGGGUGCAAGGGAAAGAUUAUGGAUGUGAUGAAUAUUGUUUUGUUUUUGUUUUUUUCCAGUAAUGCAUAGUUCCCCCUCCCCCUGUCUCCCCGUCCUCCUUUAUCCCACCAUCACUCCAUAUAUAUGUCUCUCUCCUUCCCUACAGCUCUGUGUGCGGUGUGGCUUAAUCUAAUCCCUGCUCUAAUUCUGUGAGUAAUUGGUGUGCCAAUCCCAUACGCUGCACUUCCAAAACCACUUCCGUUCAGGAAACUGGACGUUGUUUCUGUUGUUCAUGUCAACUCUUCACACUCUGAAUAAUUCGCUAAUUCCUGGUGCUUGGUUUAAUAGAAUGUGAAGCUAGAAGAGUGUGUGGUAUGAGGGGUCAGGUGUAGCCAGUUUUAGCCAUGUUACCGUACAUACAUGAACGUGCAGUACAUGUGUAUAUAGGGUUCAAGUCAUUUUAUUUUAGAACUUUUAAUGUAUUCGCAUUUUAGGUUGGGUCUCAAAUGGGGAUCUGGUUUUUCUGAACCCGUAGUUCAUCUUCAUUAUGCUUUCUUCUUCUCGCUGGCAAUUCAAAGAGGCUCCAGAGACGGCAGGUCAGAUUUCCUCGUCGGCCCGUAUA